AUGACGGAGUUCUAUUCCACCAGAGACCUCGAGAUCCAGGAUCUCUGUGGGCAGCUUAUGCACGACCACAUGCGUCUCGACGACGAGUGUGACGCCCUCAACGCUGAGAUGAAAACUCUCCAAAGACACAUCAAGAAGAGGGAUGCCUUGCUCCCUGACGGCUUCCUCGAUCCUACCCUCUACGAGGAGCGUGUACGCAUCAUGACUCUCAGCCGUGCUAUUGGUCAGCAUGAGUACCGUCUCUACCACUUGGAGAGGAUCGAGAUGAAACUUGUCAAGAUGUUUGCGAAGGAAGCUCGUGCAGAAAAGGGGAUGCCACUUAUUAAGGAAGAGGAUGAAGAGGAGGAUCCGGUCCCGGAUGAGCUGAAAUGUUGCUGUAAUAACAUCUUUAAGAAAGAGGAGGAGGAGGGGAGUAGUUCCGCUGGGGCCUCAGGCAGCGGAUCGGGCAAUAAGGAGAAUGAGAAGGCUGGCAAGAACAAAAACUCAGGUGGAUUCAAGAAGGGACGUCUUCCCGUGAAUCGCACUGUCCCCGGCCCUUCGCAACCGAAGUGA